AUGAAGGGCUAUCACUUCGAAAGCAAGCCCCUGGCUCAUCCCGAGGCCGUGGUCAAGGGUCCCCACUAUCGCUUCACCCUCCUCACCGAUCGGCUUCUUCGCUACGAAUGGUCCUACGACGGCAAGUUCGAAGACCGGGCCUCGACCUUCGCCAUCAACCGCGAAUUCCCCGUGCCCCAGUUCCAGGCCAUCGACCGGGAAGAUGAACUGGAGAUCAUCACCGACCAUCUACACCUGAGCUACGACAAGAAACGCUUCAGCCCCAGUGGAUUGAUGUGCAGCUUCUCGGCCAAAGUCACGCUCUGGGGAGCCCAAUGGAGGUACGGGGACGAGACAGACAAAGAGCAGAACCUCGGGGGCACCGCCAGAACGCUGGAUGGGUGUGAUGGGCGUUGUGACAUGGGCACUGGAGUGCUAUCGCGCUUCGGAUACGCCGACAUGGACGAUAGCAAAUCCAUGCUGUUCGAUGGCAAUGGGUUCGUGGCCGGGCGACUGCCGGGAGACCGCAUUGACGGAUAUCUGUUCUGCCACGGCCAUGACUUCAAAGGUGCCAUCAAAGACUUCUAUGCGUUGAGCGGCAAGCAGCCCAUCCUGCCCAGAUGGGCCCUGGGAAACUGGUGGAGUCGCUAUUACAGGUAUCACCAAGACGAGUACGUGGCGUUGGUCGACGAGUUUCGGGAAAAGGACGUCCCGCUGUCGGUGGCGGUGGUCGACAUGGACUGGCAUCUCGUAAACGACGACCGGGUGCCUCACGCCGGCUGGACCGGCUACACGUGGGACGAGAAGCUGUUCCCGGAUCCCACCGCCUUUGGACGCGAAAUACACAAGCGAAACCUGAAAAUCACGCUGAACGACCAUCCGCACGCGGGCAUCCAUCAUCAUGAAGAUGCGUACGAUGAGAUGGCCAAGUUCCUGAACCACGACACCUCGAAGAAGAAUCCGAUCCUGUUCGACCCGACCAGCCCCAAAUUCAUGGAAGCGUACCUGACCAUUCUACACCGGAACAUCGAAAAGGUGGCCUGUAGCUUUUGGUGGAUAGAUUGGCAACAAGGCUCGCACAGCAAAGUGCCCGGAGUCGACCCUCUCUGGCUCUUGAACCAUUUCCAUUUCCUCGACAACGCCCUCGACGGCAAACGGCCGCUCAUCUUCUCGCGAUACGCCGGCCCGGGAAGCCAUCGGUACCCGGUCGGCUUCUCCGGCGACACGGUGACGACGUGGGCGUCGCUGGAGUUCCAACCCGAGUUCACCGCCACGGCGUCGAACAUCGGAUACGGCUGGUGGAGCCACGACAUCGGCGGACACUAUGGCGGCACGCGCGACGACGAGCUGGUGACUCGCUGGGUGCAGUUCGGCGUCUUCAGCCCGAUCAUGCGCCUCCACUCGUCCAAUUCGCGCUGGUCGUCCAAAGAGCCGUGGCUGUACCGCGCGGAGAGCGAGGCGGUCAUGGAGAAGUUCAUGCGUCUCCGCCACCGCAUGAUUCCCUACCUGUACACCUGCAACGUGCGCGCCUCGGCCGAAGACGAACCCCUCGUCCAGCCCAUGUACUGGUCAUUCCCGGAGCGCGACGAGGCCUAUUCCGUGCCCAACCAGUACCAUUUCGGGUCGGAGCUGAUCGUCGCGCCGGUCGUCAAGCCGCGCGACAGGCGCACCAACCUGGCCGCCGUCAAGGCCUGGCUGCCGCCGACCGGGCGCCACGUCGACAUCUUCACCGGUACAGUCUACGACGGCGAUCGCGAACUCAACAUGUACCGAUCUCUAGAUGAGAUCCCGGUCCUCGCCCACGAGGGGAGUAUCGUCCCGCUCGACGCCAACUUGGCGCCCCAGAACGGCGGACCCAACCCAGACCAUUUCGAAGUCCUGGUCGUCAUUGGCGCCGACGGCCAGAUCAGCGUGCUCGAAGACCCGGCCGACGAUUCCGACGAGACUCGCAGGGAAGCACCCGCCACCGGGGAGCGCGGUAGUCUGAUCCAGUACAGCCAGGCCCCGGGCCAACUAACCGCCCACGUCACCGGGCGCAUGUGGACUUUUCGGUUCCUGGCCGUCACGCAGAUCCCGACGGCGUUAAAAAUCACUGUUGACGGCCAAGAUCGCAGUAACGAUACUGAGGUUGUUGUCGACGUGUAUCCGGAUACGCCGUCCAUGGUGGUGCAUGUCCCGGAUGUUGAUGGAAACGAGGACAGCAACAGACAAAAACAUACCAUCACCAUCUCCUUGGGACAGAACCCGCAGUUGAGUGUCCUCGACCACAAGGCGCGCAUCGAGCAUCUGCUACUCGAUUAUCAGACGGAAUUCGAUAUCAAGCAGCGCAUCUGGAGCAUUGUCGACGAUCGCAACAGUGCGAUCAAUGUCAAGAUUGGGAAACUCAUGAGUCUGAGUGUGAAUGAGACGCUGACGGAACCGAUUGCCGAGUUGAUCUUGAGUGAUGUUCGAGGAAUGCAUUUGUGA